UUCUCCCGACUAUUAGCCCGGUCAAUUGCCUGCUUCGUCAUUCUGUAACAAAUAACUCGCACUUGUUACGCAGCGGUUGAUUUAUAUCCUACUGUAUACACAUAUAUAUAAGAGAACUUGGCCAUUGCCCUUAUCACCUCCAUUUCAUUGGGUGUUAGACUACAAGAAUGGCCAAGUAUCCGACUUCCCAUCUUUGUCUAAUAAUGUUUGAGCUUAUUGCAAUCGUGUCUGCGAACAUGCAAGCGUCCUAUGGAGGAGGGUAUGAAAACCAGCCACCGUUUGGCACGCCCCCUGCCUGCCCAGAGGCAGAAGCCAUCAUCUUCUCUUGGGUCCAAACGGCGAUCACAGAGGACCCCCGAAUGGCAGCAUCUCUAUUACGCCUCCACUUCCACGACUGCUUUGUCAAUGGAUGCGACGCUUCGGUGUUGCUGGAUGACAAUGAGAACUUUGUGGGCGAAAAAACUGCAGCUCCAAACGUGAACUCACUGAGGGGAUUUGAAGUGAUCGAUGCUAUAAAAUCAGAGAUCGAAUCUGUGUGCCCACAGACAGUUUCAUGUGCAGACAUUCUAGCAAUUGCGGCCAGAGACAGUGUUGCACUUGUGCGUUGCGUUGCGUUUAUUGGCCACAGAAUUCUAACAAUAAUUUAUUGA